UGUCACUAUCUAGUCGCCCGCCGAAUAAUGCUAGCAUUUGAAUCAAAACACUGCCGCCUCUGAUUUUUCAACCAAAACUAAUCUGCAACUAAUUAAAAGAAAACGAAAAGAGUUUCGAAACCAAAUUAUUUCACCAAUCGAAAAAUGAAAAAUUCAUUUUGUCGUAUUUGCCGAGGAAGAUUUAAUUUGAAGUACCCGCCAGCAGCUGUUGACAGCGCAAUUAAGAAAUCCAAUCCUCCACGCACCAUAUCUGUUCGGAUCGCAGAAAGCGGUGAAGUUUCCGAAAAUAUUUGCUGGGAUUGUGAGGAAACGCUGUUGGGCUUCCAUAAAAGUAUCGGUGAGGACAACGAAGAGGAGGAAGAGGAACCUGUGGUUGUUGACGACGACGAAAUUCUGUAUAAGAGCUUAGAAAAAUCAAAAAGAAUCCAUCGUUUGUCCAAAGAGACUGAAAUUAUUCAAAUUGAUUCUUCCGACUCGGAUCCUGAAGAGUUGGUGAUAGUUCCAAUUGAAGACACUGUAAUAAACGUAGAAGCCGCCCGAACGAAUGGUGGAGGAGGACAGCAACCACAGAAACUCAACGGAGGCGUUAAUAAAAAUAAUAAACCUUCUAAAAUGGUCACUCCACAGAAAACAUUGAGCCGUGGAUUAGAAGAUACCAUCCACAGAGGCAAAGUUUUCGAAAGCAAAAAGUGUCCCCUGUGCCCUUAUCACUCAGGGGUCGAAUGUGAAGUCGUCCUUCAUAUUCGGCAAACACAUCCGCAAUAUAUCGGAGAUGACCUGCGUUUUGAUACCAAAACCGGUGAUUCAGUUCUCACGAGAAGAAUAAUAUUUGCUCAUCUUUGGACAUUUUUUGAAUGCAAAGAAUGCGGCAAGAUCUAUGACAGAUUUUGGCCUCACCGAAAACACAUAACCACUCACGAUCGGAUCAAAAUAAAAAAUGGUUUAAAAAUGACCAAUAACAUCAACAACAAGGUAUCUACCACCAUCAUCCCCAUCAGCCCGCCAAAGCAAGUUAAAAGUCUCAAACGGCCCCUCGACGAGAUCAAUGAUUCGAAUAAAUCAGUUUCCAAUGAUCGAGUGAAACUUAUGAAACUCACCAACAACAACAACAACAAUAUCAAGUCGAAUGAGACUAACAGGACAUUGGUCAUAAAACUUCACAAAUCUGAGUCAAAACCUACCACAGUAGUUGAUAAAUUACAAAGUCAAAGUGAAAAAUCAAAAUCGAAUGCGCUGCUGCGCAAACAACAGCAAUUGCAGGCGCGACGAGAUAAAAGACGACAGAAAAAGCAAGAAGAGAAGAAGGCUGCGCAAAAAGCAAAAAACAAAUCUGCCCCCCCAAAGGCUUCGUUAGUCUCAAAGCCGACAUUCAAAAUGCCAACCCAACCUGCCCCACGUGCCUCAUCAGUAGCAAAACCGCCUUUAGUACAAAAAUUAAGCUUUACUUGCAAAAUGUGUUCAAAAGUCUAUCCCAACUUUCUUGGCUGGAACAGUCAUAUGAUGCGGGAUCAUAACCGCGACGAGUUCAAGAAGCAAAGGGAUUCACUCGAAGGACACAUAUGCAAAUCAUGUGAUAAACACUUCAACGAUGAAGAUAUUCUACAAAAUCAUAUGCGCUUCUCUCAUCGAAGGAAGAAUAGAAAACUCGACAUGGAAGUCAAUGGAAACGACAAGGACGAAGUCUGUUGUCAGAGUCAGAAGUUUAAAAUCAAAGAAACCACAGUUGUGGACCAAGUGGCUACUGAGGAGAGUCUACAUCCAGAGGUGCCGGUCUCUAGCAUUGGAUCCGACUCGACAACUUCGUUAGAUGAACUUAGUGCCUGUUUUGCCGCCACAGAGAAUGCCUUAUUUUGUCAGUAUUGUGGUUCAUUGUUUCCCGCUAAAGAGAUAAUGGCGACACAUGAAUCUAGACAUAUCACAGAUGGAGAUGUCAAACGAUAUUUCGUAUCAAAACCAAACAAUCGACUUUCGAUUAAUUAAUUUAAUUAAAUGAAAUGGGUUAUAAUUUUGAAUUCAAUUUCAAACUGACGAAGUGACGACACGCGGCGUAUAGUCUUAUUUGAAUAAUUUCUUUUAUUAAAUGUUUAAAAAAUGAAAACAAAAGUUAUAUUUAAAAUUAUUAAUUUAAAAUUGGUAUCGUUAAUCUUUUUGACACUUAUCUCGUAUUUUGUAUGACCUUGACCAUGAAUUAUUCUAUAACAAAAAGAUGAUGCUUUAGUGUUUAUUUAAAAUUAAAAAUAAGGUUUAUUAUAGGAAGUGUACGAUAUCGAAAAUCGUACGUACGUUUAUUUAUGUUAUAUCAUGCCAUUGGCAAAGGGUUUAUCAUCUUUAUAUUUUGUUUUUAAUUAUCAUUUUUGUUCUUCGAGUCAUUAUUUCAUGGAUAUAAUAGUGUAAUGAAAAGCUUUGAAAUAAAGAAUUUAAGUAGGUAA